GGAAGCUCCGCCCAGGUAUCGUCUCUUCAAAGUGAACGCCCUGUCCCGCUACAGUUCCACUGCGGAGUUCAUAGCACAGAUUACAGUGCACUACUAUACGCCAGCCGUGUUUGGAAGUAUAAUGCCUUUACGGGUUGUUUUACAUGGUCCUGGACCGUGGGGCUUCCGUCUGGUCGGGGGAAAAGAUUUCGAACAACCUCUGACAAUCUCGAGGGUGACUCCAGGGAGCAAAGCGGCUCAAGCAGACCUUUGUAUUGGGGACAUGAUCCUGGCCAUAGACGGAGAAUCAACAGAGGGCAUGACUCACCUGCAAGCACAAAAUAAAAUCAAAGCUUGCAUAGAGGAAAUGGUGCUUUCCAUUGACAGAUCAGAGACAAAAAUGUGGUCCCCACUGGUCACUGAAGAAGGAAAGACCAAUCCAUACAAGAUGAAUCUGGCAAAUAAAGAAACCCAGGAGAUGAAACAAAUAGGUUCUGCUCAUAACAGGAGUGCCAUUCCUUUCAAUUCUGGCAGUCCGAGGUUGGUCAGCAACAUGUACAAUAACCCUGCUGGCCUGUAUUCCUCUGAAAACAUUAAGAGUUUCAACAGUGCAGUGGAUGAUGUCCAGACUUCUGCUGCCUCCAGUGAAGCCAGUAGGAACCCAGAUCCCUGUAGACCUGGCCAGCCAAUACCUGCAUUAGCUGCAGACUCUGAAGUGUACAAAAUGCUGCAGGAGAAUCAAGAAUCCAAUGAGCCUCCUCGCCAGUCUGCCUCUUUUAAAGUUCUGCAGGAGAUCCUGGAAACUGGUGAUACAGAAAAACCCUCAGGCUUCAGAAGUGUCAAAGCCCCCACCCCAAAAAUUGGAGCCACGGUUGGGAACCCUGAAAAGCUCUCUCUUUGUGACAAAUGUGGUUCAGGGAUUGUAGGAUUGACUGUCAAAGUUCGAGAUAAGGUUCGCCACCCAGAAAGCUACGUCUGCACAGACUGUGGGAUCAAUCUUAAGCAAAAAGGACACUUUUUUGUCGAGGACAAGAUUUACUGCGAGAAACACGCACGUGAACACGUCACUCCUCCAGAGGGUUAUGAUGUUGUCACUGUUUUUCCAAAGUAGAAUGUUUCCCACAUUCUACUUUAAAACUGCACAUUCCCUUAUGUUGGGAAUUCC